AUGUCUGACAAAGAACCUCUUAUUACUCACAUCUACACCGCCGACCCUUCGGCUAAUGUUUUCAACAACACUCUCUACAUCUAUCCCUCGCAUGACAUCCCGACCGAUAUCCAAGACAAUGAUAAUGGAGAUCAAUAUGCAAUGGAAGAUUACCACGUCUUCUCAAUGUCCUCGAUCCCCGGUCAGGUAACCGAUCACGGCGUUGUUCUCUCUAACUCUUCCGUUCCCUGGGCCUCCAAACAGCUAUGGGCCCCAGACGCCUGCACCAAGAAUGGAAAAUACUACUUGUAUUUCCCAGCUCGCGACCAUGAUGGUGUUUUCCGUAUCGGUGUUGCGGAGAGCGAUAAACCUGAAGGUCCUUUUACUCCCGAUGAGAACUAUAUCCCGGGAAGUUAUAGUAUCGAUCCUUGUAGUUUUGUGGAUGAUGAUGGAGAGGCUUAUGUUUAUUUUGGAGGAAUAUGGGGUGGUCAGCUUCAGUGCUGGGGAAACCAACAUAAGGUUUUCGAAAAGGAAAAAUAUAGCACCAUGGAGCCUACUACUGGACCUGCACUGGGUCCAAGAGUGGGGAAAUUGAGUGAGGAUAUGCAUUCAUUCUCUUCUCCUGUCCAGGAAAUAUCUAUCUUAGAUGAGAAAACUGGUGAGAAGAUUGGUGCGGAGGACCAUGAUAAAAGAUUCUUCGAGGCAUCGUGGAUGCAUAAAUAUAAAGGAAAAUACUAUUUCUCAUACUCAACGGGUGAUACACAUUACCUGUGUUACGCGGUAGGAGACAAGCCUGAAGGGCCAUUUGUGUAUAAAGGGAGAUUAUUGGAGCCAGUGGUGGGAUGGACGACUCAUCAUAGUAUUGUGGAGUUUCAAGGACGUUGGUGGCUGUUUUAUCACGAUUCUACUUUGAGUCAAGGAAAGAACCAUUUGAGGUGUGUCAAGGUUAGAGAGAUCUUCUAUGACGAGGAUGGUGGAAUGAAGGUUGAGUAA